AUGGAGGUCAUGGCCCAGUCCCGUCCCACCCCGGCCCCCGGCCGGCCGGAGGGCGAUUUUGCCAGCUACGGGCUGCUGGCCCAGGCCACGGACGCGCCGCGUGCCGUGUUUGGCAACAAGGCGGAGGAGCAGUCGCCCUCGCGGGUGCACCCCUUCCGCCUCUUCUACCCCGGCCAGACCUACUCCCCGGAGGACCUGGAUCCGUACCAGGCGGCCCCCCCGGAGUUUGGACGCAGCGUCACCCGCCAACCGCCGGCCAUCCCUGCCAAGGUCGUGCUUGCACGAGCAGACUUCAGGGACGCGGCCUUCCUCUCCUCCUUCAUCACAGGCAGGCGCUAG